AGUCCUUCACCUACAAGUCCAAUCUCACCGAACACCAGAGAAUCCACACGGGAGAGAGGCCUUAUCAGUGUGAUCAGUGUGGGAAGUCCUUCCGGCGGCAAAGCCUUCAGCUGCAAAGCCGAGCUCACCCAGCACGAGCGAAUCCACAGCGGGGAAAGGCCGUAUGCGUGUGGCGAGUGCGGGAAAUGCUUCAGGCAGUUCUCUAACCUCAUCCGACACCGGAGGGUGCACACCGGGGACCGGCCUUACAAGUGCAGCGACUGUGGGAAGUCCUUCAGUCGCAAGUUCAUCCUCAUCCAGCACCAGAGGGUUCACACGGGAGAGAGGCCUUACGCGUGUGGGGACUGUGGCGCCUCCUUCACCAGGAAGUCUGACCUCAUGCAGCACCAGAGGAUACACACUGGCACGAGGCCUUACGAGUGUGAAGAGUGUGGGAAGGCGUUCAGACAGUGCUCCAGCCUCAUUCAGCACCGGAGGGUUCACACGGGAGAGAAGCCUUAUGAGUGUGUGGAGUGUGGCAAGGCCUUCAGUCAGAGUGCCAGCCUGAUUCAGCACCAGCGACUGCACACGGGGGAGAAGCCCUACGAGUGUAGUGAAUGUGGCAAGUCCUUCAGCCAGAGUGCGAGCCUCAUUCAACACCAGAGGAGCCACAGCGGCGAGAAGCCCUACGAAUGUAGCCAGUGUGGCAAAGUCUUCACCCACAAGUCUGACCUUAUUCAGCACCAAAGGGUCCACACGGGAGAGAGGCCUUAUGAUUGCAGUGACUGUGAGAAAUCCUUCAGCCGUCGAUCUAAUCUCGUUCGGCACCAGAGAGUUCACACCUGAGAAACUUCCAGAUUGUAAGUUACAGGAAGUAGCUGUAUGGAGUGUUGGUCUGAUUUUCAUGGCUGCCCCUGCGCUCACAGGUAAGACCGCCAGGUUUUGUGUUCCUGACUUACUGAAGGUGCCGUGAUUUUUGUGAGCUAAGAAGUCCUGGUGAAGAGGAGAGUUAUGGCAAUCCCAGAUGCUUCUGGAAACCACGUGAACAAUUACAUUCACAUUUCCUCUGGGAUGUCAUGUAAUUCCUAGCAUAGUUAAGGGUAAUCUCUUCUGUGGGCCUUGCGUCGGAGCCAUUUGCUAUACUGUGUUGACAAGUGUGCAAGGCAGAAAUUUGUGACUGGGACAGGGACCGAGUUAAUAGAUACAGAAAUAACCUCACAUUUUCUUUACUGUGCACGUAUGUGUGUUGGAGUGCACGCACCAUGUCACGUGUGUGGAGGUCAGAAGGCAGCCUUUUUGUUUGUUUGCUUUUUCGAGACAGGGUUUCUCUGUGGCUUUGGAGCCUGUCCUGGCACUCACUCUGUAGACCAGGCUGGCCUCGAACUCAGAGAUCUGCCUGCCUCUGCCUCCUGAGUGCUGGGAUUAAAGGCGUGCACCACCAAUGCCUGGCUAGAAAGCAGCUUUUUGAGAUGAUUCUGUUCUACCGUGUGUGUUCCUGAGAUUGACUUCAGAUCAUCAGGCUUUUGGCAAGUGCUUUUACUUGCUGAGCCAUCUCUCUGGCCCUGGAACACGCUUCUACUAAAAAUUCAUUCAUGGAUGUUCUCAAGAUCUGUAUGGCUAUUUUUGUGAAUUUCUUUAUUUUUCUUUCUCGGCCUUGGGCCAAAAGCUAUACAGGCCGGAAAACAAGAGGGGAAAGAUGGCUUUGAAGGGUAGGGUAUAAUUCUGACCUAUGUGUGAUCCCAGAGCUCGUCACUUUUAUUACUUACCAAGAUUGGCUGCCAGUGGAGCGAGGCUGCCCCUCUCAGGUUCCGAGAAGAACAAUGGUGGGAUCCAUAUUAGGUUGUGGGAAAAAAAUUGAGAACAGUGGGACCACUAGGUAUAUUAUUUCGAGAUGCUUUUGAUAGCUUCAUUUAUUUGUAUAAGUGACACUUAACAAGGUACAUGGCAUGGCACUGUGGCUUGUGCUUGUAGUUCCAGUUUCUAGGAAGAGUGAGGAGUUGGUGGGCCCAGGAGUUUGUGGCUCAGGGAGGGCAACACAGUGUAACCCUAGCUCCAAAAACAAAACCCCACUUGGCAAAGUGUUGAAAUCAUUAUGGUUGUAAAAACAAAUUUAUUUGUCUUGCGUAUGUUUGUGACAUGCCCAUUUAUUGUCUGAGAUUUCCUACCUUAUCUGGCAAACCAAUGAUUUUUUUUUUAAUUUUAUUUUAUAUAUAUGUGUGUUUUUCCCGCAUGCGUGUUUGUACACUGUAUGCAUGCUUAGUACCAGUGGAGGCAAGAAGAGGGAUUAGGCUUUUUUGGGGCUGGCAUUACAGAUGGUUGUGAGCCACCGUGUGGUUGCUGGGAACUGAACCCAGGUUCUCUGGAAGAGCAUCUAGUGCUCUUAAACUGCUGAGCCGUCUCUGCAGGCCCUGAGUUUUCUGAAAC